AUGGGAAGCACCAUUUCGUAUGGCGAAAAGGCGUACGACCUGAACCUUGGUGACAAAGGCAAAAUACGUGGCAUCCAAUUUGAUCAGAAAUCUCGAAGAUAUGCUGGCAUCUCAUAUGCGCUUCCGCCAACCGGCAACUACCGUUGGCGCAAGCCGAGGCCUCUACCGCCUUCGUACACCUAUGCAAACGGUGAAGAUGGUCCCUUCGAUGCGACUCAAUUUAAGGCCAUAUGUCCACAAAAGGCUUUCCACGUUGGAAAAGCCGAAGGAGGUGAUGGUACCUAUAGCGAAGACUGCUUAUUCAUGAACAUCUGGACACCCGUCGGUGAUGAGAAGAACUCAAAAUGGCCUGUUAUGCUAUGGUUACACGGCGGCUGGUUCCACAUGGGCGACCCCUCGCAAGACCCGGGCAUGGACCCAACGGAACUCAUUUCUACCGGCGGCCUUAAUGCUAUCAUAGUAGCCAUAGGCUAUCGACUGAACAUCUUUGGUUUCCUCGCUGGAGAGGCCCUUCUCGAAGAAAGCAAAGGCGAUUCAGCUGGUAACUUUGGCCUGUGGGACCAGCGAAUGGCAGCUGAAUGGGUGAAGCAGAAUGUUUCUCUAUUCGGAGGAGACCCUAACAAUAUCACUCUGGCUGGUAGAAGCGCUGGUGCAUACAGCGUUGAAUCUCAGAUGCUGUACGAGUUCCGGAAGCCAGGGCCUAAGACAUCUUUGUAUCGCCGUAUUUUCAUGAAUUCGAACGCCAUUCCUGCACAGCCAAAGUCACUUAUAGAAAUCAAGCCCCAGUUUGAUGAAAUCUGUCAACUAUUCAACAUUAACGAGGAGUAUUCUACAAGGGAGAAACUUGCUCGUCUUCGGCAGGUGACAACGCAAGAUCUUGUUGAAGUUAUCCCCAAGCUGAAGCAUCACACAUUCAGGCCUGUGACCGACAAUCUGUUUAUUCAUCCAAACAUGAUGGAGUAUCUUAGUAGCCCCGACUGUGCCGACGAGUUUAAGUCCAGAGGCUAUAAGAUCUUGAUCGGUGAAGUCGCCAACGAAGAGACGCUUUACUCGGUCUACAACAGUCCCACUGAACCAAGUCUUGAUGCAUUAAGGAUUCGGGUUAUGAACUACUACUCACCUCAAGUCUCCGAGCGAGUGAUAAAGCGUUAUGGCCUCCCCGCAUCUAAAAGCCUGGAUGACUGGAAAACAUUGUUUGGUAGGCAGCCCAUCAAGUUAAACUUCGGGAAGCCGCUAAAUUAG